UUCCUGUUCUCUGUGGACAAAAAUGUACAGUUUCAAAAGCAGCACCGACGUGAAGACUUAUAUCAGCACCCCGUCGUGCCGGAUAUGUCUUGAGCCAUUUGACGAAGGACAACAUCUUCCGAAAAUCCUGCAAUGUGCCCACACGGUCUGCGAGAGAUGCAUCGGUUUGCUCGACGAGCAGAGCCGAAUCAACCACAAUCGGCCGCCGAUCGACCGCUCGUUUGUGCACAUUAGAUGUCCAGUUUGCAGGGCAGUCACCCAGACUCCACGCAACUACAUUCGAUCCAACUACCAGCUAAUCGAAUUGAUGGAUUCGAUGCGUGGAGAAGCCGAUCAUAAUAUUUCAUUCCUCGCGUGUGUCGGCUGUAAUGGCGUUUAUCACGAGAAAGACACCAAUAUUUGCACUACAUGCUCCCCAAUCAUCAAGGAUGCUCAUCCCACUGAACUCAUCGAGCAAGGAGUAAUUCUGAAUCAGUACGCGUUGUGUUCGACGUGUCUCCUCAGAGAUCACAUCAAAAAGAACCACGUGUCGAUCAGUCUGCAGCCUCUUCGCGUCGAAAUGCAACGCCAGGAGAAUCAGCGGCGGAUAGUCGGCUUGCAGGACAAUUUGCACAAAGUGCAACGCGAUUUUCGUGAGCAGCUUAACGCGACUAUGGAGCGAUGGGCCGGAUGGAAUGGGAGCCACGAUUUGUCGAUGGAUAAAUUCCGUGAGCUUGGUGAUACGUACAAUCAGAAGAAGGUUUAUGAUGCGUUCGUGCAUCAGCUGAGAGGCAAGACCGCUAAGAUUGAGAAGCUCGCCGAGCACGUUUUGCGAUGGAAUGAUGAGCUGGACAGGGAGAUGGAAAGACCACCAGCUCAUCGUUUGCCACGUAGCUCAACUCCAGCGCCAGCACCACCAUUCGACAACUCCGUCGCCUACUAUUUUGAGCACCAAUUUUGAGCUUUUAUAUUUUUUUUUCUCAUCCCACCACCACAUUAAAACAGAGUUUUUAUAUAUACAGUACCCAUUAUUCGAACACAAUUUGUUCUAAAAGAGCCCCCAAGAAUCAGAUUUAAUAAAGAAUGCUCUCACC